CCAAGAGGCGGCGUGUUAGUCGUGAAGGAGCCAGCGUGGGAGACAGACGUGUGACCUCCUCCCCUCUCCCUGGAUCUGACCGCCACACCCAACCAUCCUCCUGGGGAUUACUUACCCGCCCGUGACUCUACAUAAAGUGAUGAUACAAAAACAAGUGAUAUAUUAAGCGAGUGUAAGGAGGUGCAGAGGUCUUGUAUGACAGCUGAAGCAACUCGUACUAGUAGCAACAAAGCACCGAGCACUGGAGUGUUGUUUUUAUAAAGAUUAUAACCCAGGAUCAUACAGAAAAUAACUCCUACACCAGUUUGAGAAGAUGGUGAGGAGAAUGUGGGCGUGGACCGUGUUGUUGUUAGUAGUGGUGGUGGGCGUAGCGCAGUGUGAGGACCGCUGGGUGUGGAGCAAGAGCAGCCCCAACACUAAAGCCUCCAGCAUCCCCGGCUUCGUGGAACCAACCACCACCCAGCCACCCCCCGUCACUACCUUCCGCCCAUCAUUCCGACCUAUGGGACGAGGAGCGUCCUCCCGCCCGCGACACUUCUCCCGCGUGUCCGCCAUCCCCUUCUUCAUGGGUUCCUUCCCGCCCUUCCCACUGGACCCGCCUCACACCGCGCCUGACGGCACCACAAAGAGCCGCGUUACAGCAGACACUGCCUUCGAUGGUGCCAGCGGGGCUGUGCUGGACGCCGGUGACAAGUACACGACUUUAGACCGUCUACAGAGUGAACGAGGUGCCGCGCCGCCCCUCCCCCGCCCACAGGAACACCAGCUAGGCGGCCUCCACCCUGACGAGGUCUUCUACGCUGACGAUGAUCUCCUUAUCAUCAAGGGCGGAGGCUUUAACUCUGACGCCUUUGAGGAGCCGUCACAACCACUGGAUGCUGACGACGACAUCCGCGAGGGGUCCCCGACGAGGAUAUCGUCUGUGGUGGCCCCGUUACCUUCAUCCCAUAAAGAAUAUAACGGCAACAUCCCAGCUAUAGUCCCUCACCCCGAACAACGAAUAUCUCACCGACCGUUUUCACUCUUCGUGGAGGGAGCCUCUACCAACAACUACGUCUUGGUACCGUACGUGUACCCGCAACCACAAGGAAACGUCCUUAACACCGACGGGACUCUCACUAACCGUAUUGACGACGACUUACGCGACGUCGGACAAACCGGGGUGCGUAUCCCAUACAUGUACCCGCGACCCUUCGCUACGGCCGCCAUCAUAAGACACCCACCGGUUCAUCAAACAUUCUUCGCCCCUGCAGUGAGCCCAUAUAACUACAACAGGGUCGCCUCCCCUCAAGUGUCACACCCCGGCAGCCUCAAGGUGCCACACUCCCUGGCAGGCGACACUGACGUUAACUUCAAGUUCCCGCUGCCCUCUAUCAACCCUGAUGCCGAGGUCUUCGCUCCAGUGAGCCAACAAACCUACUACUACCCCAGCAGAGUCCGCCAACGUGGACGACCCAAGCUGUGAACACUAUUACUACUACACGCGCUGUCAACCUAUAUCCCGUGAGUCUUAUCGCCUGAUCUCACUCAUACAUACAUACAUACAUACAUACAUACAUACAUACACACAUACACACACACACAGCAGGGAGAGGAGCGUCGACGCAGUAACUACCACAAGGGGAUUACGCUCCUCCUUCAUCGCCUCUUGUCUUUGUACAGAAUUCUUCUAUAUUAUAUAUAUACAUAUAAGUAAUUUAGUUUAUAAAUUAAUAAAAAUAAUGUUAAUGG